CAGCUGGAAUGCUUGCAAAUUCUUCUGGAAACUUCUAAGACUGACUCUGAGGACCCAGCUGGAGAAUGCCGUCCGAACGCUGUCUCAGUAUUCAAGAAAUGCUGACUGGCCAGAGGUUGUGCCACUCAGAAUCUCACAAUGACACUGUGCUCGCAGCACUGAAUCAGCAAAGAAGUGAUGGCAUUCUUUGCGACGUGACCCUGAUUGCUGAGGAACAGAAAUUCCAUGCUCACAAAGCUGUCCUUGCAGCCUGCAGUGACUACUUCCGGGCAAUGUUCAGUCUUUGUAUGGUGGAAAGUGGAGCUGAUGAAGUAAAUUUACGUGGUGUGACCAGUCUGGGCUUAAAGCAAGCUCUGGAGUUUGCAUACACAGGACAGAUUUUGUUGGAGCCAGGAGUGAUCCAGGAUGUGUUAGCAGCUGGCAGUCACCUACAGCUGUUGGAGCUUCUCAAUUUGUGUUCUCACUAUCUCAUCCAGGAACUAAAUAGCUUUAAUUACUUGGAUCUGUACAGACUUGCUGACCUCUUUCACCUCACUUUGUUGGAGAAGGCAGUGAUUGAUUUCCUAGUGAAACAUCUCUCAGAGCUCCUGAAAAGUCGCCCGGAGGAUGUUCUAACACUGCCCUACUGCCUGCUUCAAGAGGUGCUGAAGAGUGACCGCCUGACCUCCUUGAGUGAGGAGCAGAUCUGGCAGCUAGCUGUGAGGUGGCUGGAGCACAACUGUCAUUACCAGCAUUUAGAUGAGCUCCUGCAGUACAUCCGCUUUGGACUCAUGGAUGUGGAUACUCUCCACACAGUUGCCCUAUCCCACCCCCUGGUCCAGGCAAGUGAGGCUGCAACUGCCCUUGUCAAUGAGGCCCUGGAAUACCAUCAAAGCAUCUAUGCACAGCCUGUGUGGCAGACCCGCAGGACCAAACCGCGGUUCCAGUCAGACACUCUCUAUAUCAUUGGUGGGAAGAAGCGUGAGGUCUGCAAAGUCAAGGAACUUAGGUACUUCAACCCCGUGGAUCAGGAGAAUGCUCUCAUAGCUGCCAUCGCCAACUGGAGUGAGCUGGCUCCCAUGCCGGUGGGAAGGAGCCAUCACUGCGUGGCAGUCAUGGGGGACUUCCUGUUUGUAGCAGGAGGGGAAGUGGAGCAUGCCAGUGGCCGGACGUGUGCAGUGAGGACUGCCUGUCGCUAUGACCCUCGCAGUAAUUCCUGGGCAGAGAUAGCACCCAUGAAAAACUGCCGGGAGCAUUUUGUGCUGGGCGCCAUGGAUGAAUACCUCUAUGCAGUAGGGGGCAGAAAUGAACUGCGCCAGGUUCUGCCCACGGUUGAACGAUACUGCCCCAAGAAGAACAAAUGGACUUUUGUGCAGUCCUUUGACCGAUCCCUUUCAUGUCACGCUGGAUACGUGGCUGAUGGUCUUCUUUGGAUAUCAGGCGGAGUCACUAACACGGCACAGUAUCAGAACAGACUGAUGGUUUAUGAGCCCAACCAGAAUAAGUGGAUAAGCCGAAGUCCCAUGCUACAGAGAAGGGUCUAUCACUCUAUGGCUGCUGUUCAGAGGAAACUUUAUGUUCUUGGAGGCAAUGACCUAGACUACAAUAACGACCGGAUUCUUGUGCGCCAUAUAGACUCUUACAACAUUGACACUGACCAGUGGACACGCUGUAAUUUCAACUUGCUGACUGGCCAGAAUGAAUCUGGAGUUGCUGUCCACAAUGGGAGAAUAUAUUUAGUUGGUGGAUAUUCAAUUUGGACAAAUGAGCCUCUGGCUUGUAUCCAGGUAUUGGAUGUCAGCAGAGAAGGUAAAGAGGAGGUGUUCUAUGGACCUACCCUUCCGUUUGCUUCCAAUGGGAUAGCAGCAUGCUUCCUCCCGGCUCCGUAUUUCACGUGCCCGAAUCUUCAGACUCUUCAGGUGCCUCACCACAGGAUCGGCACUAUCUGAAAAGCCAGCAGUCUGUUUAACAGCAUUAGCAGGAGCCCGGAUGAGAGCUUGGCAUCUGGGUACAGGGCAGG